AUGCAGACUAACAUUGUGGUAGGCUUAUUUGCCAUCAUAUCAGGUUUUCUCAUUGCCAUCAAUGGCUACUACACCAUUUUCAUGGCCAUUGAAAGCGGCAUUUGCACGAUUGCAGCCGGUCUGCUCUACACCAUGGAUGUGAACAUCCCACUCCGCAAACCACUCGGCUAUCAGGUCCUCCUUGGGGUCGGGCAAGGCUUGGCUAUUCAAGUCCCAGUCAUCGUUGCCCAAUCUUUUGCUAAGCCAGAAUACAUGUCCCCAACAACCGCCAUAAUUCUGUUUUUCCAAAUGACAGGUGGGACCAUUUGCAUCUCCUCGGGCCAGGGCAUAUUCAUCAACCGAUUAUUGUACCAUCUGUCUCAAAUCGCUCCCCAUAUUGAUACCAACACAGUACUGGCAGCUGGAGCCUCGCAGUUGCGCCAGGUCAUACCGGCUGAUCAGAUUGAAUUUGUACUCAGGGCUUAUUCUGCGGGGCUGAAAGAUACAUUUGCCUUGGGCAUUGCUUUAGCUGGCUGUGGGUUCUUAACCAGCUGGGUUGCGCCCGUGAAAGAUCUCAAGAAAAUGGAUGGGUUGGGGGUUGAAAGUGAAUUAGCGCUGGGAGCAUAG